CUUUUGUAACGGCUCUUGUGAACCGGUACACGAGGACAGAACCCUAUAUUGACGCCGAAGGGUAGAUUAUGUGCCCCACGGUCACGACAUCUAGAGCCACUUCAAGUUAAACAAAACCAUUCAAGCUAAGAAUGCAAAUUGGUCCUAGCUACGCUAUGAUAAAACUGUUUUUAGCUCUUCAACGUCACCGACUCACAAUCCCAAGCACACUCAGGCAAACACAACUGAAGGUGAGCCAAGCGAAUACAAUUUAACAGAUGGCAAAGUCUAGCCUUUUCAAGUGCUCUUUUCUUGUGUUCAUGUUCAUUAUAUUUUGUUAUCUUCGCACAAUAAAGAUAUUUGAGAUUUCGCUCAAAAUACCAGCGCCUCGGCAAGUUACAGAACUAGAAAAACUAUUCAAACUGCGGAAUAACUUAAGCGUUAUUACAUCUGACAAAGCAUUAUUGGCAAGAAGUAUUCAAGCUGGUAAUUCUGAUGGCUUUAGGCAUGUUUUGAUGAAAGCUUUACGAGGAGAAAACGUCAGCAUGUUAGUGAUCGGAGGUUCUCAUAGCGCAGGAGGAAAACUAGGACUUGACGAGAACAGCCGGGAUGGAUUGUAUUAUAAAGUAUUCCAAAAUUGGUGGAGCGAAACUUUUGGUAGAUUUGCAAAAUCUUUUUUGAAUGUAACAGCGCUAACAAUUGGAGAUACGUCAAGCUAUUUCUUCGCGUUUUGCUAUAGAACUUUCAUUCCCGAAGGCACAAGCCUCGAUAUUGUGUUGAUAGAAAUGUCAGCUAAUGAUAAAGGAUUUGCAUCGGCAAAACCACUGGAACAACUGACGCGACAAGCUCUGAUAUAUCCUACGGCACCAGUGGUCGUCUACAUAAACGUUGUCCAUGAUUUUGGAGUUAAUCCUUACACUAAAACAGUAGAAAAUCCAUCUUGUGUUACUCUCGAAGACUUUGGCCAGGCAGAACUUGCCCGUCAUUACGAUAUCACAUCAUUCAACUUAAGGGAAAUAAUUUGUAGGAAAGAGAAAGGUCGAUGGAAAGUAGUAUACUUAAGAAUGGCAGGCUCAGAUGGUAAGCAUAUUGGCGUCAAGGCGCAUGCUCAGAUUGCUUACAUGAUGACUGAAUACGUGGAAAACAUUUACCAAGAGAUUGCUCACAACUUCACGAGUACACAUCCGUUUCCUAUCACUCGUGUCAGGGGCAAACGCAAAAGCUUCACUCUACCGAGUUUAUGUUUCAUAAAGCGGGAAACUGAAGCCUUAAAAGAGCCACUCUGUUGGACGGGGAAAACGCCAAAUGUAUUUAAGAAGCUUCACCGCUCUAAUCUAAAAUUUGAAAUCAAAGAGAAAGCUGGCUUUUCACCAUGCAUCCAAAUGUACGGACAAAAAUGGAAUGUUAAAAGGGUCGGUGCAGAACUUCGCACUGAUUCUAAAGGGGGAUGGUGUGCUUGGAGAAGCUCUAGCAUCCUUAAGCUAAAGAUCUACGUUCCUCGGAUCGUUGGUGACAAUUCGUUUCGCACUCGGUCAGUGACAAUUUUGACAAUACAUAAAGAAGGCAGGGCUGCAAUAUGGUUAGACAACAACAAAAACAGAACGGUUAAAACUAAGUCGACUAAGUUUAGAAAGAAUCAAGUCGACACGAUUGGACGUAGAUUGGAGCCAGGUUACCAUACAAUUACAAUUAGAGCAUUAUCCAACGAAAUGUUUUGUGUAGCUGGAGUGUUUGUUGGUGCUCCUGACUAUCAUUUAGUGUAGACUUAUGUUCCGUUGCUUGGUAAUAAGUAAAGUAAAGUGCGUGAUAAUCGUA